AUGUUCUUCAUCAUGUACCUCAUAACCAUCUUAGGAAAUUUGAUUAUCCUUACCUGCAUCGUGUAUGACCAGGCCCUCCACUCCCCUAUGUACUUUUUCUUGAGCAACCUUUCUUUGGUCGAUAUCUGUUUCACAUCCAGCACAAUCCCCACCCUUCUCUCAACCCUGAUCUCUGACAAUAGGUCCCUCAGCUUCCCUUCUUGUCUCAGCCAGAUGUUUUCCUUCAUCUCUUUCGGAAACUUGGAGAACAACAUCUUGGCCAUCAUGGCGUACGAUCGUUACGUGGCCAUCUGCAGCCCGCUGAGAUAUACUUUGAAGAUGAAGAACAGUUUAUGCAUUUUGUUGGUAGCCAUUUCCUGGAUAGCUGCCUGCUCUCAUUCUCUUCUUCACACCCUAAUGUUGACUACUCUUCGAUACGUUGGGCUGAAGAAGGUAUACCACUUCUUCUGUGAAAUCUCCCAAGUCUUGUCUGUUGCGGAUUCUGAUGCGUCUUUAAAUUUCUCCCUCAUCAUCACAGAGGGGGCAGUGUCUGUUGGCAUCCCCUUUUUGUGUAUCAUAACAUCCUAUGGUUAUAUCUUGAUGGCCCUCUUCCAGAUUCACUCCACUAAUGGGAGUCAGAAAGCAUUCUCCACCUGCUCUUCUCAUUUGACGACUGUUUGUCUGUUCUACGGGACAAUUAUUUCGGUUUAUUUUCGACCUUCAGUUGGAGGCUCAGGUGGCUCAGUUGGAGUAGGAGAAAGAGCGGCCACUAUAGGGUACACUUUAUUGACACCAAUGCUGAAUCCAAUUAUUUACGGCUUGAGAAAUGAAGCAAUGAAGAAAGCUAUGGGUAAAGUCUUUCAAUAG